CCGCGGCACUUUUUGUUCUCAACAACAAUCCCCAAAACCGCGACCCCUUGCCCGGUCUUGCCGCUCGCCGGAGCUUCGUCGGAAUCAACUCGCACCGGAACUCAUGGGGCUCGAGGCCUCGUCGGCAAUUCCAAGUUUUCUGCGACUCAAAGGUGAAUAUUACCCUUUCUUUUUUGGGUGCUAAGACAAAUUCCACGGUGCUGCCAAUGAUGCGUGUGAAUCCAAUCGGCUUCCAAAACGCAUCCUUAAACAUUAGAUGACUAUCUUUUACAUAAGACACAUUUUGUCUAUAAUGACAAUAAAAAUCAGUUUACUCAAAUUUCAAAUAUAUUCAUUAAUCUUUUUCUAAGAUGUAGGAAAUGAAGGUCAGAAAGUUCUCACCUAUUCUAGAGAACAUGUUUUUGUCUGAGAAUGAAUUAAAGCAAUCAACAGAAUGGAAAGUGGUUCCUGAUAUUUGGAAGACGGCAUCAGAAAAGUUUGGUAAUCAAGUAGCACUAGUAGACCAUUACCAUAAUCCCCCAACAAGUCUGAGCUAUAAGCAGCUUGAGGUGGAAAUUGUAAGCUUUGCUGAAGGCCUUAGAGACAUUGGCUUAAAACCGGAUGAAAAGAUUGCCCUGUUUGCUGAAAACUCUUGUCGAUGGCUAGUUGCGGAUCAAGGUAUUUUGACCACUGGAGCAAUCAAUGUUGUGAGGGGUUCAAGGUCUUCAGUUGACGAGCUUUUGAAAAUAUAUACUCAUUCAGAUAGUGUUGCACUUGUUGUUGACAAUCCUGAAAUGUACAACCGAAUUGCAAAAACAUUCCACUCUCGCGCAGAUAUUUGGGGAAUGAUAGUCGUAUGACAUUUCUUCACUCCCAUGAAGCGAGGGAUCAAUAUCUAUACGAACCUAUCAAAUCUGAUGAUGUA